AUGUCUAUCUCGUAGGGUGUGAACAUAAGAAAUUUAUAAACUGCAGGGGGGGCUGGAUGUAGUAUCUAAAACAGAAGGGGUUUAUUUUUGCAAUUACACUUCACCUCAGGGACUUGUAAUUUACACUAAGAACCUAUAAAUUCGAAAUUUGUUCUAGUUCAACGAGGGUUUCACCUAUCAAAAAGAAGACGCAGGGUUUCUCUCUUCUCUAAGAUUUUAUCCAGUUAUUUUUACCGGCAAGACCUUUGAUUUCUGAACUGGAACAGGCGAAAGCGGGAGAAAAAACCAAGAUACCUCACAAGGUAGGUCUGGGAAAUUGAUUUAGAAGAAUUCCGUCAGAGUCGGGGUUUCUUGUGCUACACAUAGGUGGGGGUAAUCAUAAUUCAAUUUAUGGCCGCUGGAAGGCAUGGUGGUUUCCAAGACCUCAAAUCGAGAGAUGGUGAUGAUACGAUCUCGAGGAAGAAAAUUGGGUGUUUGAGAGGGGACUAUGAUCUGAUUACGAAAGGGAGUCGAUGCCGGGGUAGAGAUAGUCUUGAGUACAGGAGUGAGGUAAGACAGAAUGAUAUCGAAGAGAGGGAUGAAAUUGCAGUUCUUUCAAUGGAUCUGGAGCCUGGUGAGCUGUCUAGUGAUGUGUCUGAUGGGGCUAUUGAUUCGGAGGUAAAAAUUCUAGAAAUCGGGAGUCGGUUGUCUACUUUGCAGGAUAAGAAGAGGAAGUUUUCGCCCAUUGUUUGGGAUAGAGGUGAUGGGGCUGCUAUCCGAACAGUUAAAAGUAGGAGUACUUCGGAAACUACAACCCCGCCACCACCUCCUUCACCUGAAUCACACGACCAAGGGUUUCUUGAUGCUGAUGUAAAGACCUCGCCGGCAGAUGCUUCCGAAAUCAAUAACGAUGAUUAUGUGCCAGAACGAACUAUAUUAUCUUCUCGUUGGGCGAAUGAUGAAUCUGAGAUUUCUGGGACCGAAGACAAGCAGAAGGUGAAGUGGAAGACGGGAUCUGAGUUGGCUGCAUUAGCUGGAUGUAGGAAAUCAGCAAGUCCCGAGCCUGGGGAAGUCGUAAGGGAAGGUUCUGAAGUAAUUAAGGGUUCUCUUGGUACAUCAGUGCCCACCGACGGACCACGGAAGAGUGUCGAUAUGCUUCAGGGUUGCAGAAGUGUUUACGAGUUUGAGAAUCCUGAGAAGAUAGAUGAAGGAACCUAUGGGACUGUUUAUAUGGCCAAGGAUAACAAGACAGGAGAAACUGUUGCGUUGAAGAAGGUCAAGAUGGAUGCAGAAAAGGAAGGGUUUCCUGUGACUUCUCUCCGGGAAAUAAAUAUUCUUCUAUCUCUUCAUCACCCCUCCAUUGUGGAUUUUAAGGAAGUGGUUGUAGGGAGCGAGAUUGAUAAUGUUUACAUGGUUAUGGAGUACAUGGAGCACGAUCUUAAAGCAUUUAUGGAGAUGAUGAUACGGCCGUAUAGUCAAAGUGAAGUUAAAUGUCUCAUGCUUCAGCUCUUAGAGGGGAUCAAGUAUCUUCACGACAACUGGGUAUUGCACCGAGAUCUGAAAACUUCGAAUUUGCUUUUAAAUAACCGUGGCGAGUUAAAGAUCUGUGACUUCGGUCUUUCUCGUCAAUAUGGAAGGCCUCUAAAACCAUACACUCCGUUGGUAGUUACCUUGUGGUACAGGUCACCAGAACUUCUUUUGGGAGCCAAAGAAUAUUCUACAGCAAUUGAUAUGUGGUCACUAGGAUGCAUUAUGGCUGAGCUUUUAACAAAAAAACCGUUAUUUAAUGGGGAUUCAGAGAUUGAUCAGCUUCGCAAGAUCUACAAGAUUCUUGGCACUCCAAAUGAGACAAUCUGGCCUGGGCUCUCUAAACUCCCUGGUGUCAACGCGAAUCUCGGCAAUCACAAGUACAACCUGUUGCGCGAGGUAUUUCAAGCAAUUGCUCUUAAUAGGUUACCUGUAACUAUACCAUCCGACGCUGGAUUCGACCUGUUGAACAAGCUUCUAACUUAUGACCCUGAGAAGCGGAUAACUGCCGAAGCGGCUCUCAGACAUGAAUGGUUCCGCGAAGUUCCCUUACCUAAGUCCAAGGAAUUCAUGCCCACUUUUCCUGCUGAGAAUGAACAAGACAGGCGUCGAAGAAGAGAAAUGAAGAGCCGUGACCCGUUAGAAGAGCAAAGGAGGAAGGAAUUACAACGAGGAAAACUAGGCACUGGUGGUUUAUUUGGCAAUUUUUGAGAUACAAAUGCCUUUUAGAUAUAUAAGUUACGAAAACCUUUUGUGGAUGUUUUCAGUAUGUUAACUAUCGAUCAUUGAACAAUAUUAAGCUCUGGAGCAGCAAUCAAUUCCUAAGAGAAGAAAACUGUACCUCUUUACGCGUUCACUUUAGUAGUAUUUGAAAGUAUUUGUUGACAUCAUAAUAUCAGAUGUGAAUCCCGAAAUUUCAUAAGCUA